AUCGAUGACGUUAUCAGUCCCUGAAUACACAGAAUUAAAUCGUGCGCGACUUUCUAGUCGACGAAAAAUGAGCCUUGGUAGUUCACCACUACUGUCGAAUGGCCAUCGGAUCCCUCUGCAUUCAAGGCGUACCAGUAUUGCAGGUAAAUUAGUGAUGUACUCGAGGAUGACAAAUCCACGGAUUCGACGCUCGAAUUCAGCAAGGAGUCCGAGUUCCACUUACUCCGGACCCAACCUUCGGGUUUCAGAUGCGUUUUCGGAUAGCAUACGCACGCUGGCAAUUACGGCUAGACGCAAUUCAAGUCCACUCUCGAGAAAGUUGACAAAGAAAAUGAAGAAAAGUCGGUUAGUGGGCAAGAACGGUAUCUGUAACGUCUAUAAUACCAACGUGCCGAAAAAGGACAGACAAUAUCUUAGAGAUAUCUUCACAACAAUGAUUGAUGUAAAAUGGCGAUAUAUGUUAUUUAUUUUCGCACUCGUCUUCGUAUUGAGUUGGACAACGUUUGCAACUAUUUACUACACGAUCGCUUUUCUUCACGGCGAUCUGUCAUCCGAAUUCCGCUCUCCGAAUCGAACUCAAUGCGUAGUGAAUCUCGAUUCGGUUUAUUCAUCGUUUCUAUUCGCUGUUGAAACACAUCACACCAUCGGAUAUGGACACAGAUAUAUCACAACAGAAUGUCCCCUUGCUGGACUUGCAGUGUGCUUGCAAGCCGUUUUUGGUUUGCUAAUACAAAGCUUCAUGGUUGGCUUAGUAUUCGCAAAAAUGGCUCGCCCAAAGAAGCGAGCUGAAACAAUCAUAUUUAGCGAGAAAGCCGUUAUUUGUCUUCGAGAUGGACAACUUUGUUUUCUUUGUCGCGUUGGAGACAUGAGGAACACCCAUCUUGUUGAAGCGCAUGUCAGAUUACAGUUCAUCUCAGAUCGUGAAACAGCAGAAGGAGAGAUAGAACCGCUUCAUCAAUUUGAGAUGAAAGUAGGUCCAACGAUUACUGACGACGACAGGCUCUUUCUGGUUUGGCCGACUACGUUGUGCCACGUGAUCAACAAGGAUUCACCGCUCUACGAGUACACGGCUAAUUCAUUGCUAUCAGCUCAAUUCGAGAUCAUUUGUCUUUUGGAAGGUAUUGUAGAAUCAACAGGCAUGACGGCACAAGCUAAAACCAGCUAUUUGCCAUGUGAAAUACUCUGGGGACAUCGUUUUCGGAAGUUGGUGACGUACAAGCGUAGCAACGGGUCGUACCAAGUUGACUACAACUUGUUCAACUGCACCUAUCCUGUAAAAACACCGCAAUGCAGUGCGAUGGAGCACUAUGCUCAGGAAUGCAGUGUGAGUUACGCCAUCAUGGUUAUCUCGUUUUGGCCUUAA